AUGCCAACAGAGAGCCCAGCCGCCUCCAGUAGUCCAACGGCACCCAUAGUCCGGCCGGCUGACAUCUAUAAGCGGAUGCGAGAGGAGCAGCAGGACCGCCGACCAUCCCCGGCUGCGCCAUCGACAGACGAACGCGCUUCAGGAGGUGUUACAGUUCUUGAGUCUUCCGAGAACACAGUCCCUCCUGCCGCUCAAGCCCCAGAGCCUAUUUACGAAGCAGAACAAGCCAGUGUCAAGAAAGCGAGUACCCCCCCGGCAGCAUCGAACGACCCCCCGGCCCUCUCAUUGCCAGAAGUGAAGCGCUUAUCCGCGUUCGGUUCUGGUUUCUUCAGUGAACCCGAACGCGACCCUCAGAACAACCAGGAACCGGGAGAUCAACCACAUCAGUUACAUCACAAUCCGUCUCUCGGCUUCCGCUCCGCCGUCAACCAAGCUUUCGAUGUCCCUGAAACUCCAAGUACCGUUGCUGACAGCAUAGCUCGCUCAAAUAGCGAUAGCACGGCGGGCAUAAGUCCCAUCAUUCCCCGUCGCGGGAAUACCGAUGACAAAACCCCGACCAUCCACGAAGAGCCGAAUGAGAAUACAGAAACGCCGACCGAAGGCAACAUGGUCUUCAAGCCAGGGCAUCGCCGGGAUCUAAGCAUACCCAGCCCUGGCAACAGUCCUUCUCGCAGGCCGGUCGUUGCUGGGCCCGAUGCCACUGCAUCGUCCGAACUGGCUCAAAUAUCCUCUGGAUCACCAGUGGAGUCCCCUCUGGCCACGCAGCCUCAGCAGCACGUCUUUAACCCGGAUAUCCCACAACCCUCUCGGGAGGCUACGAGGGGUGACUUGCCUGCACCUCUUAACGUUCAGACAAAUAUUGUCUCUAAUCCGGCUGUAUCAACAGACAUUCCUGUAAUCAUACCGGCAAUGAGUACGGAAAAUUCUCCUGAAGAUACGGAGAAUGAUCGGUUAAGAAAGGAGAUUAUUCGUUCCCUAAGCAGAGAGAACUCACCCUCCGACAACCAGGAGAAUGGCACGCCACCCCAUACCAGUGGAGAGAAUAAUCUACUCCCGAGAGAAUAUGAGGCCCACAGGGCGGCACCGCAAACCGCAACUUCCCCAGGGUCAGAACCGUCUGGACCGACAUUUGAUACUAUCCUGGCGACAUCCCAAGCUCUUUCAACUGGGAAUUUAACUCCUCCCCCAUCGCACGUCUCCCAGCCUAAACUCAAAAAACGCUUCUCCUGGGAAGAAUCGUCUGAAGACGAGGAUCCUGUUCCUGUCACACAAGCCCAGCCCGCUCGACCGCCACCGAUGCCCGGGCAGUUCCCCUUUUCGCAAGAUAGUGUCCUCCCGGAAUCCGUGGUAGCGCCCACGAAACAACAAUCAGAGAUAGCAGACGCGUCAGAGGAGAGGGUUGGACCUCCUACACCUGAGAAACCUAAGCUUACUCUCGUACCGCCAGUGGCGAUGGAUGCUCCUAGCAUUCCAUUGAGUGACCAUGGCCAUGAGCCUGCCCUUUCCCAGACUACAGAGACACUUGCCCGGGCCGAAGAGGGAGACUCGUCCAGCCAUAUGCCGCCAACCCUGGAACGACCAACGCACACACCGCCUGUGUCUGACGAGACAGGCCUGCUAGGAUUUAAAGACAUUCUCAACAUGCAGUCACCGUACGAACGGAUUCAGUCUUUUGACCGUACGCGAGAUCAAUUUGCAACCAUCAAUACCGGUCUAGGAAACUGGCUUCAGGUUACGUUCCAUGCCCAUCCCGAGCAUCACGAUGUCAUAAGCCGCAACUCCAAACCUCUAUCUGAGGAGUUCAAAAACAGCGUACCGCGCACCAAAUUCCCAAAACUUGCAUCCUUAGGAAACCUUGCGUCUUCGCUCCAAGAUGGAUCUCACCACUCAACGUCGGGCCAUAUUAGGCGGCCAUCUGCGCCGCUCGGAUCCAUGCGGCAACAGUCUGGAAAGGAUUUCCUGCAUACUGCAGGAGUGUUAGGUGGCCAAGCAGGUAAGGCCGCUAAGGGCCUGUUCUCCAAAGGACGAAGCAAACUGAAGGGUGCGGGAGGGUCUGAAAAGGUAGAGCCUUGAUUUCGUUCUGGAGCACCUAUACCGAUGCUACAUUUCAUUCUAUUUGUACUCGCUUCUUCGGGAAACCUUUUGCAUUUACGUCUUGUUAUCUUGUAGUGGAUUGUGGGAUUGUAUACCUGUAUAUUGUUACCCCGUUUCUUACCUUCCGCCUUAUGUCUCUAUUCAUUGAUACCAAGCUUGUUGUAAUUGAGAACACCUUUCGAGGUGCAGUUCAGAAUGUGACACGAGACGAUGUUUGC